GUUGGCGCGUACUGCCCGCCCCAUUCCCGUGCCCGCGCAGCCCCGGCCGUGCCCGCGCUUGGCCGGGAGUCCCACCUCCCCCCCACGCCCCCCCUCCUCCCUCUCCUCCUCCUCCUCGCCAGCAGGAGCUCCGGGCCGCCUCACUCGGCCGCUGCCUGUCGGAGCGUCCGCGCCGGCCUCACCACCUCGUCCCUCCCCGCCGGGCUCGGCGACUCGCAGCCGGAACAUGGACGACCUGGAUGCUCUGCUAGCUGACCUAGAGUCAACAACCUCACAGAUUUCAAAACGACCCAUUUUUAUCCCAGAGGAGACCCCAUAUUCCUAUCCAACCGGAAGUCACGUUUGCCAGGAAGCAUCCAUGCCGCCACCAGUGCCACCUCCUCCCUCAGCUGAUGCUUUGAAUGGGGUAAUCAUUGACACAGUUGAACAGUGGCAACCACCUAUUUCACGAUAUCAGCACCAGCAGGGUUACCAAGAAGAGGGCUCCCCUUCUACUGGAAUCACCAGCUCUCCCAAGCCGCAGCAGCAAACUUACUCCACAAAUGUGAAAAGCAGUUCCUCCUUCUCUCGAGAUUCCAUCAGUCCUCCUGUCCCGCGUUCUUCUGAGGAAGACCAUGUUUACAGCUUCCCCAAUAAAACAAAGUCCUCGGAACCGUCACCGAUUGUCAUGACUGCAUCACUGGGUAGUAAUCUCUCGGAACUGGAUCGUCUCCUACUCGAACUGAAUGAGGUGCAACACAAUCCACCUAGCAGCUUUGCAACAGAUGAGUCCAGCCGCAGCCCCCAUUCUACUCCUGUCAGUGGCUCACAAUACACUGGUCAAGAAAAUGGAACUCAAAUGGGGAAGAAAGUGCCUCCCCCAACAAAAGAAAAACCCAAGAGAAAUGGGGGCCGAGGAAUUGAGGAUGUACGGCCAAGUGUGGAAAGCUUAUUAGAUGAACUGGAGAGCUCAGUCCCCAGUCCAAGUCCUGCAAAUGCUGCGUCUCCAGUGGGUGGACCAGCCUCUCAGCGUGGCACUCCAAACCAACAACAGGCUCGCAUAUCUGCUUCCUCAGCAACUCGUGAGCUUGAUGAAUUAAUGGAAUCACUCUCUGAAUUUAAAGUUCACGGCAAUAUGACCCAGUCAGUGUCUAAAGGAAAGCAAGGAGGUCCUUCCACUGUAGCAGGUCCUCAAAAGGCUGGAAGCCAGCUGGAUAAUAUGUUGGAUGAACUGCACGUUGGGCUGAAUAAAUUGGGAGUUGCGACUGUAGCAAAAGGAGUGUGUGCUGCAUGCAAGAAACCUAUAGCCGGACAGGUUGUCACUGCAAUGGGUCGUACUUGGCACCCAGAGCACUUUGUGUGUACCCAUUGCCAAGAAGAGAUUGGCUCUCGGAAUUUCUUUGAGCGAGAUGGACAGCCAUACUGUGAGAAGGACUAUCACAAUCUAUUCUCCCCCCGCUGUUACUAUUGUAAUGGACCCAUUUUGGAUAAAGUUGUGACUGCACUGGAUAGAACAUGGCACCCUGAACACUUCUUUUGUGCUCAGUGUGGUGCUUUCUUUGGACCAGAUGGAUUCCAUGAAAAAGAUGGGAAAGCCUAUUGUCGCAAAGAUUACUUUGACAUGUUCGCUCCUAAGUGCGGUGGCUGUGCACGAGCUAUUCUAGAAAACUACAUCUCAGCCCUCAAUUCACUGUGGCACCCAGAGUGCUUUGUGUGCCGGGAAUGUUUCACCCCAUUCAUAAACGGCAGCUUCUUUGAGCAUGAGGGUCAGCCGUAUUGUGAGAUGCAUUACCACGAGCGUCGCAACUCCUUGUGCUCUGGAUGCCAGAAGCCUAUCACAGGCCGCUGUAUCACCGCUAUGGGAAAGAAGUUCCACCCAGAGCAUUUUGUCUGUGCCUUCUGCUUGAAACAGCUCAACAAAGGCACCUUCAAAGAGCAGAAUGACAAGCCCUAUUGUCACAACUGCUUCAUCAAGCUCUUCUGUUAGAUUCAUCCCACCAGCCACCUCUCCAGUUCAAUCAUUCCUGUACUUCCACAAAUUCACAUCCAGGCACAUGAUCCCAAUGGAACAGAAAUCUCUUAUCUUUUAGGGGUAAUACAGAUGUUGGACUAAAAUAAAAACAAUUACUUUAUGCACCUCCUCUCCCUUGCAGUGACUGAGAAAAGAGAAAUUCCUCUAGAUGAGGUUGUGAGUGCCAUAUUUCCCUCAGUCCUUACCCCACUGCCCCAGGUGAUUAACUUCCAUGCUAACAGCCAUCUGCAGCGGGCUGGUUGAGGAGCUGUUAAAAUCAAUGGCUUGAAUCCAAAUCAGCAAUGAAAAAUCACCAUUGGUCUCUAUCCAGCUCAGCUCUUGUUUGAUUAUUUCUUUUAGAACUGCAUAGACCAUUUUAACAUUGCAAUCUCACAGACACCAACCCGAAGAGUAAAUAUAUAUUGAGGCUUUUUCUUUGUAGAAGAGGUAAACUAAGCAGUGAAUAAGUAAUUGCAGUUGAACAAUUUCCUGAAUGUCUUGGUAAAACUAACUACAUCAGAACAAUCCCUAAAGGAACCCAACUGAACUGGCAACAAAUCUACAGAGAACUAUAUGAAACAUUGAUGAUGGUGCUGGAAAGCAGAAGUAUUUUUUUGAGAAAUGUCACUGUUGCACACCAGUGUCUCCUUGAUGUCAGUAAAGCCUUUGACUGUAACUGAAGCAAUAAUAUUUCUCAGCGAUGGUCACAAUCGCACUUCCUGUGUUGGUAUGCAGGGAAGUUUCCUUCUGUAGGUGUAUUUGAUAGAACUUUUACAGUACUGUACCUUUUUACCCUCUAGUUUCAGUUACCUGAAGAGUUCAUAAUUCUGAACUUUCAUGUCAGAGCUUUGUGAUUUUGAAAUCAUGACAACCACUUUUUGUAAGCCACACAUCACAUGUGUAGGUGAUGCUAGUAAUUUUUGUGCUUUCUUACAGUAAUAAUGACUAAUUCUUACAUGGAAAUUUAAAGGACUGUUAGAUGAGACACUGCCUAUUCACUUUUAUAGCACAAGAAUGGUUUUAGUCUUUGGGGCAUGUCCUAACCUAAUGUCUGUGAACAGAACAUUUUUCAAUUGUGAGCCUGCUGUAUUUUUAUCAACUUCCUUCAUUGCCUAAUUUGCCAAUAAUUUAUCUUUUUAUGAAAUGUCUUAAUUCCUGCUGUUGAGCUCUUUUGGGUCUUCCCAUCUAAUGUGUUGUAAUAUUUUGUCUGUCAUCCUAUGAGUAAUCCAGUUUUUUAAAAAAACAGUGGUAACAGCCAAGGUCAGAAGCUUUCUUGUGCCGUUUUAACUGGUCACGCUCUGAUAAAUUGAAGCCUCACUAGUGUUUACAAUGCAUUGAAUUCAGUCUGCCAUUAAACCAAAGGGAAUCACUCAAGAAUGAGAGAAAUUGUUUUAAGGAAAUAGUCCUGAUUCCUUUCUCUGAUCAGUAAUAAUCAACUGUGUUUGACUACAUCUUUGUACAUCUUUUAAUCAUGGCUUAUACAAUCUCAUAUAUAAUCUCAUGGGUUUUUGCCAAUAAAAGUGCUUUUCACUUUA